AUGUUAUUCGGCGCAGUAUUAGCUCCAGGCAGCAGUGUUACUCCCAAAAACGAGUUGGCUAACAUUGUUCACCUGUCUCAAGUUUGUUUGAACGAGCCCAAAAGCAAUGAGAAGACUUACGUUCAACUUGUUGACGGAAACAAGGUUUACAAUUUGUGCUCUCUGCAGAAGGACGUUAAUGAACAUGCAACCCUCGAUGUUUUUUUCUCAACUAGCGGAGGCUUGAAGCUUUCUACUAAGGGUGGCCAGAACGAAGUUCACGUUAUUGGAUAUUUCGAACCAGAUGAGGACACCUUCCUUACUGACAGUGAAGACGAAGAGGAGGAAGACGAUGAAGAGGUUAUCGAGGAAGAUGAGGAUUCUGAUGAUGAACCCGCCUCUAAACGUAAAGCUUCGAAAUAA